CGGGGUAGCUCAUGUCUUACUAAGAUGAGCCAAGCUCACUCUGGCUCCCCCAUAGGUCGCACCCUGGUGUUACACUGUGAAGAGAUGAGUUCAACUUCUAGAUUUACAAUUUUCCCCGAGGCGCAUGAAGGCAACAGGGGAGAUGCGUUCACGGUCAGUUCAGACCUCAGACCUCGUUCGACGUCACUGCCACUUCCACCAUGUUGGAUCAGGAAGUGGGCAGAGUCGAAGCAGGAAUGCCGAGCCGAGCUUAACGUUAACGACCGUCUUUACUCGAUCGGUCGACCGUUUUUCACCUUUAACACUCAGGUUGUACACUGUGUCGCUUUCUAGCUGGUCGAGGUAGGCGCUUUUCUCCGGAUUUGAUCGGUUUUUGCAGCAUCAGAUAUGACUUCUCUCGCGCAGAGGACCUCCGGCCUCGUCCAGCGGAGGACCGAGGCCAUCCGCAGCGCCGCCGCCGACAAGGAGCGGGAGUCCGGCGGGGAGGAGGACGACGCGCGCCGCGGGGACGAGGAGGAAGACGACAAGGGAGACUCAAAGGAAACCAGACUCACACUGAUGGAGGAAGUGUUGCUCUUGGGCCUCAAGGAUCGAGAGGGCUACACGUCUUUCUGGAACGACUGUAUUUCCUCCGGUCUUCGUGGGUGUAUGCUGGUCGAGCUGGCCCUCAGGGGGAGGCUACAGCUGGAGGCCUGCGGCGUGAGGAGGAAAAGCUUGCUCUCAAGGAAGGUGAUCUGCAAGUCAGAUGCCCCGACGGGAGAUGUGCUACUGGAUGAGGCCUUGAAGCACAUUAAAGAAACCCAGCCUCCAGAGACUGUUCAGAGCUGGAUAGAGCUGCUCAGUGGAGAGACCUGGAAUCCCCUGAAGCUGCACUACCAGCUGAGAAACGUCAGAGAACGUCUGGCAAAAAACCUUGUUGAGAAAGGCGUUCUCACCACAGAGAAACAGAACUUCCUGCUUUUUGACAUGACCACGCAUCCGCUCACCAACAGCACCAUUAAACAGCGCCUCGUCAAGAAGGUCCAGGACUCCGUUUUGGAGAAGUGGGUCAACGAUCCUCACCGCAUGGACAAGCGGAUUCUGGCCCUGAUCCUCCUGGCCCACUCAUCCGACGUCCUCGAGAAUGCCUUCGCCCCACUCCAAGACGACCAGUACGACCUGGGCAUGAAGAGAGUCCACACCCUGCUAGAGCUGGAGCCGGAGAAAGAGAGCGCGAAGCCCAACGCCAAUGAACUAAUGUGGGCUGUGGUGGCCGCGUUCACUAAAUGAAAACACCUGAUUCGGUUGGACUGGAAGAUCUGGCUACGGUCUGUUAUUUAAUUGGUUGAAGGACUUCACUCUAAUAAGACAGACUUCACUCUAAUGAGACAAUCUAUUUUGGUUGGGGAGCUUGUUUGUACAUCUAUUUCGGAUGACAUUUUGGCGGUAGUCCAUAUUAACCCAGUGCAAUCUGAUUGGUGGUGGGCUUCACCAAGUCACUUUUGGUUGGUUGGAAUGGUCUCUAAAAUGACAAAUGACUGGCUGCUCUCACACAGCGAGGUAAGUUCUCUACCGCUGGGGAGCCGGAUAUACUUACGAAAAAAAAAACAUCGACACUACAAACAGACAGGCUUCUGUUAUGUUAGAUGACAUCAAUGAACAAAGCAGGUGACAGCAGUAGUCAUGGUGAAUAUGAAGAUUUUGACUGGGGCCAAGUUUCCCUUCCACACACAUCAUCUCUCCGUUACUACAAGAUCUGGCCAGAAUCAAACCCUGGUCUCAUCUCCAUACUCUCUCUCUCUCUCUCUCUCUCUCUCUCAUGCAUAUGCAAGGAUAAAAGGAUAGCUAAUCACACAGCUAUCGAUAGUCUCCUGCUUCCACCUGUUGGUUCCCGACUCGUGUUGGGAGUACAUGCUGAGGGUCACUGUUAGAAUAGACUGCCUGGAUGUCUUCUGAUUCGCUCUGUCUCCUCUCCUCUCUUUGAAUCCUCCUUUCUUCUUCACUCCCAUUUUUUUGAGGAGGAAAGAGAGGACCCAAAUAAACGCUCCUGCAUCAUCAAGCGUGAGCCGGGUAAUUUGGCCCUUUUUAUAGACCUAAAUGAAGAAUUAAAUCUUGAGUCUAGCAAAACUCUUUAUGUUAUUAGUUUCCUCUUUCUUGCAAACUGUCUCACUCUGUAAGCACAGGGUGAGAUCAGUCUUCCAUUUCUAUUUAUGUUGCUAAUCGAUGCUUGGGAGUAGCCUGCCAUUUAUCAACUAUUUUGCACAGUCAAUAGCCCUGUAUGUAGGAUGAUAUUUAUAGGGAUUUUUUUGUUUGUGAAGAUGAGGUUAAAAAUGAUAAACCUUAGCAACCACAGUAUAAAUAUCUCACAUAUUUUGUCUACAGCUAUUUACUUCAUGAAUACUUAAAAAUCAUUCCUCUGGACAUGUAGAAAAGCUUCUGCUCACGUUUUCCACGUGCGAGGCCCAGAUGUAGGAAAUACAGACGGUGAUCUAAUCUGCUCCGAUUUGGAUCUCUGUGAUGAGCCUGCACAAGGUUUACAGUAUGAUCUUCAGCAGUCGCUUAGACUUUACAACCGGGCUGGGAAAUUAGGUGAAGUUAGGCAAAAAGGCUAAUUUCACUUCAGAAAAUUUUAAAGGGUUGAUUCACCCAAAUCAUUUUUUUUUUUUUUUUUUAAAGAAAACACAUCUUCUCAGACAUACAGAUAUUCAUUCAUUCAUUAAGGGUUUGAGAUAUCUGCCUCUAUAGUUAUACAAUGAGAGUGAAAGGAAUUUCCUUUUAAGAUGCUCAUCAGCAGGAAAACACUCAGAAGGAACAUUUCUUUCCAGUCAGUUUUCCAGUUACUCUAAAUAAUACACAGACCUCAGUGCAAAUAGCUUUCAUGAACAACAUGAAGACUUAAUAUAACUGACAACAGCAUGUUCUGUGGAUUAUAUCACCAGAAGCAAAUAGAGAGGUAAGUGAGAAAAUGUUUUUUUUGUUUGUUUGUUUGUUUUUUUUAUUUUAUUUGGGUGAACUGAUCCUUUAAGUUUCCCUCUUGCAAUAUAAUGUAUCUCUCAUUUUGUAUGUCAUGUCAUCAUUAAGUGUUAUUUCCAUGUUGUACUGUUUGAUACAUGCAGAUGAUGGGAGGGUUACUUGGGCCCCAGAUGAAUCCUUGUUAAAGAGUGAAACAGUUUGACAAUGAUGCAAAUCUGUUGGAGAAAAAAAACGAUCUCCAAAUAUGCUUUAGCGCAGGUCUGAGAAAACUUCUGUUUCAAUGUGAACGAAAUUAUGGUUGUGAGCAUCAUUCUGGUCUGAUCUACGUAUGAAGUUACAUCACCUAUUGUUUCAUGGCAGACGUAAAAAGUUAUGUCCUUUUUCUACCUAUAAACAAAAAACAAAACCUACAGGUAUGAGGAACUGUCGAGAUCUGUUUACAGCAAAGAGACCAUGCAUGCUAUUGGUGGAGGGCUGGGGUACUUGUGGAUUUAGCUAAAGAGGAAAGGCUUGUAUGUAAUUAUUAGUCAUUUUAUGUGUACGAUCUAAUUGAACUCAAUGAAAGGGAUCUUCUCUCCUAUCCUCUAUAAUUCUGUAUGCUUUUGUAUUACCACACAAAAUAAAGUAAGGAUCCUUUAAGUGCCUGAAUUUA